AUGUCGAACCAAGCUGAGUCCUCCGAUUCUAAGGGAACUAAGAGAGACUUUAGUACCGCGAUUUUGGAGCGCAAGAAGGCUGCCAACCGCCUUGUAGUCGACGAGGCUGUCAACGAUGACAACUCCGUCGUCGCUCUCCAUCCCGACACCAUGGAGAAGCUCCAGCUUUUCCGCGGUGAUACGAUCUUGAUCAAGGGAAAGAAGAGGAAAGAUACCAUCUGCAUUGCCCUUGCUGAUGAGACAUGUGACGAGCCAAAGAUUAGGAUGAAUAAGGUCGUUAGGUCAAACCUCAGGGUUAGACUUGGAGAUGUUGUGUCUGUUCACCAAUGCCCUGAUGUCAAGUAUGGAAAGCGUGUUCACAUUCUACCCAUUGAUGACUCAAUCGAAGGGGUCACUGGAAAUCUUUUCGAUGCAUAUUUGAAACCUUAUUUCUUGGAGGCAUAUCGCCCUGUUCGCAAGGGCGACUUUUUCCUUGUGAGAGGAGGAAUGAGAAGUGUGGAGUUCAAGGUUAUUGAGACGGACCCAGCAGAGUACUGUGUGGUUGCUCCAGACACAGAGAUUUUCUGCGAGGGAGAGCCUGUGAGACGAGAAGAUGAGAAUCGAUUGGAUGAAGUUGGUUAUGAUGAUGUUGGUGGGGUAAGGAAGCAAAUGGCUCAAAUUCGUGAGUUAGUGGAGCUUCCAUUGAGGCAUCCACAGUUAUUCAAAUCAAUUGGUGUUAAGCCACCAAAGGGUAUCCUACUGUAUGGACCUCCUGGUUCUGGUAAGACUCUUAUUGCCCGUGCAGUUGCGAAUGAAACUGGUGCUUUCUUCUUCUGUAUCAAUGGACCAGAGAUCAUGUCAAAAUUGGCUGGUGAGAGUGAAAGCAACCUGAGGAAAGCUUUUGAGGAGGCAGAGAAGAAUGCACCAUCUAUUAUUUUCAUUGACGAGAUUGAUUCAAUUGCUCCCAAGCGAGAGAAAACACAUGGUGAAGUUGAGAGAAGGAUUGUCUCCCAGCUGUUGACAUUGAUGGAUGGACUGAAAUCCCGAGCACAUGUUAUUGUCAUGGGAGCUACUAAUCGUCCCAAUAGCAUUGACCCAGCCCUUAGGAGGUUUGGAAGAUUUGAUAGGGAGAUUGAUAUUGGUGUCCCGGAUGAGGUUGGCCGUCUGGAGGUUCUCCGCAUUCAUACUAAGAAUAUGAAACUAGCUGAAGAUGUUGAUCUAGAAAGGAUUUCAAAGGACACACAUGGAUAUGUUGGUGCUGACUUGGCUGCUCUCUGCACUGAAGCUGCUCUUCAGUGCAUUAGGGAGAAGAUGGACGUUAUUGACUUGGAAGAUGAGUCUAUAGAUGCUGAAAUACUGAACUCCAUGGCAGUUUCCAACGAGCACUUCGCAACUGCACUUGGAACCAGCAACCCAUCUGCACUGCGUGAAACGGUCGUAGAGGUUCCUAAUUGUAGUUGGGAGGAUAUUGGAGGCCUGGAGAAUGUUAAGCGGGAGCUUCAAGAGACCGUUCAAUAUCCAGUGGAGCACCCAGAGAAAUUUGAGAAGUUUGGGAUGUCACCCUCAAAGGGUGUGCUUUUCUACGGUCCUCCUGGUUGUGGCAAAACCCUACUGGCCAAAGCUAUUGCCAAUGAAUGUCAGGCAAACUUCAUUAGUGUGAAGGGUCCUGAAUUGCUUACAAUGUGGUUCGGCGAGAGCGAGGCCAAUGUUAGAGAGAUUUUUGACAAGGCUCGUGGUUCUGCUCCUUGUGUGCUCUUCUUUGAUGAACUUGACUCCAUUGCUACCCAGAGAGGGAGCAGCGUUGGAGAUGCAGGAGGUGCUGCUGACAGGGUCUUGAAUCAGCUUCUUACAGAGAUGGAUGGCAUGUCUGCGAAGAAAACUGUUUUCAUAAUUGGUGCCACAAACAGACCAGAUAUCAUAGACCCUGCACUCUUGCGUCCUGGGCGCCUUGAUCAAUUGAUAUAUAUUCCCUUGCCCGAUGAGGAGUCCCGUCUCCAAAUUUUCAAGGCCUGCUUGAGGAAAUCCCCAGUCUCCAAAGAUGUUGACCUCAGAGCUCUUGCCAAAUAUACUCAAGGCUUCAGUGGUGCUGAUAUUACUGAAAUCUGCCAGCGUGCUUGCAAGUAUGCCAUUAGGGAGAACAUUGAGAAGGACAUUGAGAGGGAAAGGAGAAGGAGAGAUAACCCUGAAGCUAUGGAGGAAGAUGAGGUUGAGGAUGAGGUUGCUGAAAUUAAGGCGGCACACUUUGAGGAGUCGAUGAAGUAUGCUCGCAGGAGUGUGAGCGAUGCCGAUAUCAGGAAGUACCAAGCGUUUGCACAGACGUUGCAGCAGUCAAGAGGGUUCGGAUCCGAGUUCAGGUUCUCUGAAACCAGCGGUGGAGCUGCUGCAGCGGCGGCAGACCCAUUUGCUGCUGCUGCUGCUGCCGAUGAAGAUGACCUCUAUAGUUGA